AAGAGCAGAGAACAAUUCUCCUCUUCAAGAGAACUCUGAAUCCCUGACUGAAGCAGAGACCUUGAACCCAGCAGCUACUCUAUCUUUGGAGGGGACCCUGAACCUAGAUGACAUUCUCUACCUGUGGGACACAGGUGACCUUGAUGAGACACUCUAUGUGGAAGAGACUGAAAGGCCAGAGGAGACAUUGUAUAUUGAGGAGACCAGGCAGCCAGAUGAGGUACUGUAUGUGGAAGAACCUAUGAAUCCAGAGGAGACACUGUCUGUGGAGGAGACUGUGAAGCCAGAUGAGGUACAGUUUGUGGAGGAGCCCGUGGAGCCAGGAAAGACCACAAGCCCAGAUCUGAUUGUUCACGGGGGAGAGACAAGGGAGGAGAAAUCUAACCCAGAUGAGAACCUCAGAGCCGAGCCUAGCCCCAGCACAGAGGAGAACCUGAGCAUAGAGGACCUGGAAUUGCUCGAGGGGCGAUUCCAGCAGUGUGUCCAAGCUGUGGCCCAGCUGGAAGAGGAGAGGGAUCAGCUCAUCCAUGAGCUUGUGUUGCUCCGGGAACCAGCCCUGCAGGAGGUGCAGCAAGUCCAUCAGGACAUCCUGGCUGCCUACAAGCUGCAUGCCCAAGCAGAGCUGGAGAGGGAUGCGCUAAGGGAGGAGAUCCGGCUGGUCAAGCAGAAGCUGUUUAAGGUGACAAAGGAAUGUGUGGCCUACCAAUACCAGCUGGAGUGCCGCCAGCAGGAUGUAGCUCAGUUUGCCGAUUUUCGGGAAGUGCUGACUACGCGGGCAGCCCAGCUCUCCGAGGAACUGGCCCAGCUCCGGGAUGCCUAUCAGAAGCAGAAAGAGCAGUUACAGCGACAACUAGAAGCACCCCCAAGCCAGAGGGAUGGGCACUUUCUCCAGGAGAGCCGGCGGCUCUCUACCCAGUUUGAAAAUCUCAUGGCAGAGAGCCGCCAGGGCCUAGAGGAGGAAUAUGAGCCUCAGCUACUGCGGCUUCUCGAGAGGAAGGAAGCUGGGACCAAAGCUCUGCAGAAAACCCAGGCUGAGAUCCAGGAGAUGAAGGAGGCUCUGAGACCCCUACAAGCAGAGGCCCGGCAACUCCACCUGCAAAACAGGAACCUGGAGGAUCAGCUCACACUUUUGAGGCAAAAACGAGAUGAAGAGGUGCAGCAGUACAAGGAACAGCUGGAAGAAAUGGAAGAACGACAGAGGCAGUUAAGAAGUGGGGUGCAGCUCCAGCAACAGAAAAACAAAGAGAUGGAGCAGCUGAGGAUCAGUCUUGCUGAAGAGCUCUCAACUUAUAAGGCUAUGCUACCCAAGAGCCUGGAACAGGCUGAUGCUCCCUCUUCUCAGGCAGGUGGAAUCGAGACACAGUCUCAAGGAGCUGUUUAGAAAUGUAUGGCCAAAUCUGUAAACCAGAAACAACAAAAAAAAACUUCUUAGCAAAGGAUCACUAAGUACCCUUUAGACAUACUUUUUUCCAAAGGAGUGCCAGAGUCUCAGCAAGCAAUUCACCUGUGGAAGUUGCAAAUCCUGGCUGACAUGUGAGAAAAGAUCCUAGGGUUGGGUGGAUGCAGAAUAGCAGUCAACUCUUAGCUGGAUUCUAUUUCACAGGCUGCUGGUACUGAUCUCAACACACCGAGGAAUGGAAAUUUGAGCAUCGUGUCUUCCAGCAGCAACUCUCACAUACAAGCUAAGUAAAGGAUGAAUGUGUAGACACAUCAUGCAGUACUGUGAAGAAUGUAUCUUGCCUUUGGUUGACCCAAACCAAAAACAUUUCUUAGGAGGCACAGAUGGAGUAAAAAAGGCAGCCCAAUUUUCAUUACAUGGGUUUAUAAUUUGAAUUCUUUUGUGCUAUGAGUGUUAGAUUUUAAAUGAAUCCUUUUACAAAGUUAACUUUUUCUUAAAGGCUAUGUAUGUGGACUCAUGGUUUACUCUUAAAAAUUGUGUCAAGAUAACUUCACUAUAUUCCAAAACAACUAGACUUGGAAGAAAGGAACCAAUCCAGAUUUGAACCUAAUAGUUAAAGCUAUUCACAUUUCCUCAAAAAUCUUACCUUAUGAAAGUACUUCUGGGUCAGAGUAAUCUAGUUAGUUUAAAAACUAAACAAAAAAACCCGAGUAAUUGUUAAGAACCAAGCAUUUUAUCUGGUUAUGGCACUUGGAGAUAAGGGCUUUCAGAGCCUAUUAUUUAAAUACAGGCCCCAGUGAAAAACAUACUGGGGAGAUUCAACCUCUCUAUGAGAAAAGGUUCAAGCACCUUUUCCAAAUUUAAAUUUUGCCUUAAAUCCUACCGCACUGCCUUUGACACUCUUGAAAGCCCGUGUAGUUCUCUAGGGACAGACUUCAAAAAGAUGUUAUUUUAUCAAAGACUAAUGCGUGCACCUCUGAUUCAAUGUUUUAUGUUUUUCACUUUCCCUGGAAAGGAGUAAAGCUCUUUUCUAUAGCUCUGAGUCUAUUUCAUUCUGCUCUUGAUAGUCAAAGACCAUGGAAAAUAACUGUCAUCUGCACAACUCUUCUAGAAGCCAGAAGACUGGUGUUUGAUGGAUGUUAUAUACUAAAUAAAACCCAUCAGCAUGGUGGUUAUGUAGAAAAGCAUUUAUUCCAUUUUAAGCACUUACACAGUUAGUCAUGGAGAGUAACAGGCCUGCUGGUGAAACAGGUCACCCAAAAUGGAGAUGGUAUCAAACUAGUGGUCAAGGACUAACUCCUAAAAAAAAAAAAA